GCGCCUGGGCUGACUCACUGCUCGCCCGCCGCCAUUUUGAGCUCGCUCGGCGCGGAGGGAAACGGCGAUCGCCGGCUCUGGGACAUGGACGACGACUCGUACCCGCGGACCCUCUAUGUGGGUAACCUCUCUAGAGAUGUGACAGAAGCCCUUAUACUUCAACUUUUUAGUCAGAUUGGUCCAUGCAAAAGUUGCAAAAUGAUUACAGAGCAAACCGCAAGCAGAAGGGUGAACUCUUCUGUUGGAUUUUCUGUUUUGCAGCAUUCAAGCAAUGAUCCAUAUUGCUUUGUGGAAUUCUUUGAGCAUAGAGAUGCAGCAGCUGCAUUGGCUGCAAUGAAUGGGCGUAAAAUAAUGGGUAAGGAAGUCAAAGUAAAUUGGGCAACAACACCAAGUAGCCAGAAAAAAGACACAACUAAUCAUUUUCAUGUGUUUGUGGGUGACUUAAGUCCAGAAAUAAGCACAGAGGAUCUAAAAUCUGCAUUUGCCCCUUUUGGUCGAAUAUCAAUUGCUGUUAAGAAUGGACAGGAUCCCCAUGGCUAACUGCAAGGAACUGUGCACACUGGAAGUUCAUUAACUCAGUUGUAGUUUUUUUUUCUCAUUUCUAUUUAUUCUCUUUUUUAUAAAUUUAUUAGACUUGAUUGUUAACAUUUUAAUGUGCUCUAUAUAGUGCGAAUUUCGUAUUCCCAAUCCUAUUGACGUGCUUACGAAUCCUAUGUAAAUGUUGUUCGUACUGGUGUGCUUAGUAUUGUUUUAGUUUCAUAUUCAUUUUCUAAAUUUCUGAAAGUCUCAAUUUUUCAAAAUUUACAGCUGCCCACAGUCCAAAAAGAGGGUAGAGAAUUGACCAUACCACGAAAAAUAAAGAAUUCAGUUAACAGGCGAUGGAUGCUCGCGUUGUAAAAGAUCUGGCAACGGGUAAAUCCAAAGGCUAUGGAUUUGUGUCAUUCUACAGUAAACUGGAUGCGGAAAAUGCGAUCGUCCACAUGGGAGGACAGUGGCUGGGAGGCCGGCAAAUUCGAACAAACUGGGCAACACGUAAACCACCAGCUCCAAAAAGUGCACCAGAGAAUGGUUCUAAGCAACUAAGAUUUGAAGAAGUAGUUGGUCAAUCCAGUCCUUCAAAUUGUACGGUUUACUGUGGAGGUAUAUCAUCAGGUCUAACAGAACAGCUUAUGCGUCAGACUUUCUCUCCAUUUGGACAAAUUAUGGAAAUCAGAGUUUUUCCUGAGAAAGGAUAUUCCUUUGUCAGGUUUGGCACACAUGAUAGUGCUGCUCAUGCUAUUGUGUCGGUCAAUGGAACUACUAUUGAAGGCCACGUAGUUAAAUGCUAUUGGGGUAAAGAAACUACUGAUACUACCAACAAGUAUCAACAGAUGGAAUUUGCUCAGCCCUGGGGUCAGUGGGGCCAGUGGUAUGGCAAUGCCCAGCAAUAUGGCCAGUAUGUAGCCAAUGGUUGGCAAGUGCCCCCUUACGGAAUGUAUGGCCAAACAUGGAAUCAACAAGGAUUUGGAGUAGACCAGCCUCCAUCUACAACUGCCUGGGUAGGUGGAUUUGGUGCUCAGCCACCCCAAGGACAGGGUACUGCUGUUAUACCUAAUCAGGCUGGCUUUGGAAUGGCAGGUUACCAGACACAGUGAGCGGGGACUCAUUCUGUUUACCUCAAGCAAAGAGGAGCCCAGAUUUUUCUAAUGACAUCAAUGUUCACUGACACCAUGAACAAAAUAUAGACUAUUUAUUUUAGAGCUGAAUAUUUUAAAAAAUUAUAUCGCAGCUGAGCUCAUGGUGGAGGAUGUGAAGUAUUUCCCAGUUCCUUUUUGCUCUGGGAUGGGGAGGGUCUGGGGAGGUGGGAAUAUAUAAUCUGUUAAUUGGUUUUUGAAGAGCGAAGUAAUCGAGAAUGAUGAAUUUAUUUUGAAAAUGAAGUGCUUUUCUGUCUGAAUUUAAAAAUAAAUGCAGUGUUAGUGGGAAAAUGUCAACAAGACUUUUGACAAUCUUUUUUAAUUUGAACAUUCCUCAAUAUUAAUUACAUACUGUUAUAAAGGGAUUUUUAAUGCGUUGUAUCCUAAAAUCUAGCUUAAUAUUCAGUGACCACAAGAAAGGUGAAUUUCUCAUUGCCACAGACCGACUAGCUGUUGUUUUAUUGGAAAAUAUCUAAAUCUGGAAGUGCCAGUGCACUGACAAAGAUCAAGGUGCCUCAAGUUUAAUUUCAGCUUUCAGCUUUGAGUUGGUUCUGUAGCUUCAGCAUCUAACGCAUGGAAGAAGCAGCCGCUGGUGGAAGCAACAUUUAAAAAAAUAAUGGGUUGCACUACACUCUAAACAUCAUCAGGAAACUAUAAAAGGGAGCACUGGCAAUAUUUGGACUGCUGGCAUCCCUUGCACUGUUUUGGUUAUUUCAGAGGUGUACUCUACAUACGUGCAUACAUCUGCGGAAAGGGGUUUAGAGUGUAGGUUACAUGUGUAAAUAUCUAUAUAAAGAACAUUUAAUACUGAUAAUUUUCAAAGCAUGUCCUCCUGUAUAGAUCUCACAAUUAACUACUUUGUUUCGAUUAGCUAUUAAAAGAUAAAAGUAAUUCAUUUGUACAGAACCCAUGUAGCCAGUUGCCCAGAAUAUGCAGUGUAUGGCUGUUUCAUAAGAGUAUGUUAAUAUAUCUUCCCUACUACAGUAACGUGGUAUGUAAAAUUAUACAAAGUAAACUUCAAACUGAAGCCUUAAAUUUUAUUUCUUCAUGCAACUUAGUGACAUAUAGAUUAGUUUCAGUGCUUUUUUUAGUUUUAAUUCUGUUGCUGUGCUUUGUUAAAACCAUUAAGAUUUUUGAAUCAUAAAAUUAACGCAAGGUUGAAUAUUUUCUUCAGGCUGUCUGCACUGGAGUGUUUUAAGUCUAAACUUAACAAUGUAAAAUGUAAAAUCAUGUCAAAACCAACUGUUUCAUUUUAACAGUAAGAUGUGCCAUUUGUUAAUUGCUGGUGCAGUGUAAAAAUCUGUACCAUUUAUAAAACUUAAUUUUAAGGAUAUUUUUGAGUGGUUGCAUGUUGGUGCGAUUCACUUUGUAAACAAAAAGGCUUGUUCAUUUGAGUGUUAGGUGUGGAAUGGGUGGAUUAUGAAUACAUGCAGAAAAUGACAAUGUUGUGUCUAGAUUACUUUGUUCUGUAUUUAAAAAUAAAAUGAUUUUAAAACAA